AUGUUACACAUUCUUCCUAUUAUUAUAUGUUUGAAUGUUAUAUGUGUAUUCUCCAACGAUUUGAAUAAUGAAUGCAAUCAUAAAUGGCAGGGACUUUUGACAUUGAUACCAAAUGAGAAGCAUCCCACAUCAGGUUGCAACGUCACAGCAGUUUUGGAUUCAUCGCAUUUAACUAUGUACAAGGGAGAUAAAAAAAUUGUGGAAAUCAAACUUAUUCACAUAAAAGCACCUAUUCACGUGGUACCCAAUUCCACUGAAUGUUUGACCAUUUACCACGAAGACAAAAGUAACAUGCUCUGCUCCCCAAACGAAUAUUCAAGAGAUGCCUGGUGGCUCGCUCUAACACAACAACUCAUAUGUCUACGUCUAGGAAAGAUGAGAAAUGAAAUCGCAGGAGAGACUUCGCUAGAAGAGCAACAAGAAUUGGAAUCGGAACAUGUUUUGACCAAUAAUAAGCAGAAGGGUGUCAAUAUACACAUCGAUGAUGAUGUAAAGAAUCUCCCCAAAAUCUCUAUACAUUACUCGCAUAAUAAUAGCGAAAACAAGGAGGAAAGUGGAGAUAUAAACGAGGAAAAGGAGGGUACAAAUGAAGAAAAUGAGGAUACAAACGAGGAGAAGGGAAAUACAAACGAUGAUGGUGGAGAUGAAGAUAGUGAAAAUGGUGAAGAUAGUGAAAAUGGUGAAGAAGGAUGA